GUCGCCACUCCCCUCUUUCUGCGCUCUGAAUGGAACAUCCUGCAGCGGUUUUGGCACUCGGCGAGUUCAACUGACAACAUCGCAGGGGGUCUGAACUUUCCUUCACUUUACGAGGGGAGCCGCAAAGUGCAGAUAGUAAAGUUUCUCCUUCGUACUUUUCUCAUUCAAAUGCGAUGUACCUUCUCAGUUUCUCCACUUCAUUUUGAAACAACGCAAAACGGAGUUUGGAGUCUCAACUUUUUGGGGGGGGAAUGGUUCCUCUGUUUGCCAGUGAAGAGCAGAGAGAGACGGUCCUUUGUGUCACUUCACACCCGAAGACAUGUUGAGCUGGACUCUGUCUGACUGGAAACGACUGCUGGUCAUUGUUCUGCUGUGGGAUCGCUGCUGGGCCUUGGGACUGAAACCCACAAGAUGGCCACUGUACUCCAAAAAGCCUUUGCUUCUAGCUUGGAAUGUCCCGACAGAAGACUGUGUUCCACGUCAUGGUAUUCACUUUCAGCUGGACCAGUUCCAGAUUGUGGCUUCUCCCACUGAGGGCUUUGUUCGACAAAAUCUUACUAUGUUCUAUAAGGACCGCUUGGGUAAAUACCCAUUUUUUGAGAAAGAUGGAACGGCAGUAAAUGGCGGGCUUCCACAGGUGGCCAAUCUCAAGGAGCACCUGGACAAGAUGCCAGAAGACGUGGGGAGGUAUAUACGUGAACCAGGGGUCAAGGGUUUGGCAGUUAUUGACUGGGAAGAGUGGCGUCCCCUCUGGAUACGUAACUGGGAUGUCAAAGAUGUUUACCGCAGACAUUCUCGUGAGCUGGUGCGCCAAAAGAAUCGAACUUGGCCUUCAGAGCAGGUGGCAAAAGUGGCCCAACAGGAGUUUGAGAUGUCUGCCCGGAAAUUCAUGCUGGAGACAUUGAAGUAUGCCAAAAACUUGAGUCCCAACCAACUGUGGGGGUUCUACCUGUUCCCAGACUGCUAUAAUCAUGACUAUCGGCGGACCUUGGAGAACUACACAGGCCGCUGUCCGGAUGUGGAAAUAUCUCGUAACGAACAGCUGAAAUGGUUGUGGACUGAGAGUACAGCCCUCUUCCCCUCUGUCUACAUGGACAUUGUGCUGCGGUCUUCAGCGUCUGGAAGGCGAUUUGUUCGGAACCGUGUAAAGGAGGGGAUGCGUUUGGCAUCAUCAGGAGAAGGUUUGGCACGUCCGGUAUUUGUGUACACCCGGCCAACCUACACCAAUUCACUGGAUCUGCUGACUGAGAUGGACCUCAUCUCCACCAUUGGGGAGAGUGUGGCUUUGGGAGCAGCUGGAAUUAUCUUCUGGGGAGAAGCUGUGUUUGCAGGCAGCAGAAACAGCUGCUCUGAGCUGGAUGCGUACUUGCGGGGUCCUCUGCGGAAAUACCUCCUCAAUGUCUCCACGGCAGCAGAACUAUGCAGCCAAAGUUUGUGUGGUUUGCAUGGCCGCUGUCUGCGCAAGAAUUCCGACAAGGAUGUUUAUUUGCAUCUUAGCCCCCUCAAUCACAGUGUUGUCAAUCACAAUGGCAAGCUGACGGUCAGUGGUCAGCUCAGUGAAAUAGAGAAGAUGGCUUUUCAAGCGGACUUUCAGUGCCAGUGCUAUAGCGGCUAUCAGGGUGAGGGUUGUGAUCAGAGUGACCCUCUGUACUACAAAGGGGCUGCAUCUCAACCUGUGGCAUCAGUUAUAAAAUGUGCCAUCUUACUGAUUAUAUCACUGUUGCUCUGUUAAUGCACCAAACAAGCAGUAGAUUUCUUGUAAAAUACACAAUUUUUUACAAAAGUUUACAUCUUGGCUAACAUCCCAGUUUUC